CGAGUCCCGGCGGGCGGUGGGAGCCGUUGCAGGGCCGUUUCCAUUUCCAGCAGCUGCGCCGCCGGCGAGCGAGCGAGGACCCCUCUGGUCUGUGUCCGGAGCCCUGCCUCCAGCAGGCCUGGAGGGGUCUGUCGCGGCCGCCGAGCGCCUUGCCCCGCUAGCCCGGGCCGGCUGCCCGACUGGAGGCGGGGGUGGUUAGCAUGUGCGCGGCGCUCGGAGACCUGCCGGGUGGGGUCAGAUCUCAGAGCCGCUCCUCCUCGUGCAGGCUUGGACGUGUUUCCAAGCGGUGCGCUAAAGCCACUGGCCGGGGCUGGCGGAUUGUGUCCAAAUGCAGUUCGGUGAGCCUUGAAAAUCUCUCACAUUUUAAAAGCUCUUUGAACUGGUCACACAUCUGAACAGGAAAGUGUCCGGCAGGAUGGCUGCGGCUGGCCCGCCCACCUCCGGGCCCGCCGAGGUCUGCCCUUCAGCCGUGUGAGCCUGCAGCCCGGGGGAGAAAGACGCUGCUUAAGUGUACAAACGAAUUAUUUGAAGAGCGUUAGGGGAGGCAGCUUCAGGUUGCUUUUGUUUUCCCUGCCGUUCACAUGGUAACUAAAGUUUACAGCAUUCAGUCUGAAUCUUUUGCCCCUUUAGGUUUAAAGCCUUCACUUUUGAAGAAAUCCCUGCUUCGGUUUCACCCUGAACAUUUCAGGUACCCAGUUUAAUUGCACGCAACAUAAUUUUGGAUUCUUGGAAAGUUCAGAGUGAGUACAGUCAGUCAAGUCAAGAUUUGGGCAUCAUGCAUCGGACUGCGAAAUCUUUUCUCCAGACUCUGAAGUUCAGUGUUGGUUACUGCAGAUACUACUUUAACCAUAACUGUGAUCUGAGAAUAGCUCUUUGCAGUCAAAUAAAAACGCAAGAAUGUCAGUUUACAAAGUGUUUGGGAAAUUCAUGGAACAACACAGACUCACCAGGGCACAUUGUGCCACGGAGAUUCUUUUCUUGCAAGGAUCUUCUGAAAUCAGAGCAGGAGAACUGGAAAGUAACUUCAGCAAGAUAUAUGGAUUCAGCAGAAAGAAUCAAGAAGAAAUUAGAAGUAAUGUACAACAAGUAUACAUUCAGCAUGAGCAGCCCAGUGAUUAGGUUUGGGGAUUGUGUUUACUUUGAAGAAAAUGGCUGCAUAUUUCGUUCAAAAUCAGAUGCUGAUGAAGGAAGUGUUGAGGUUUUACUCAAUACUGAAGAUCUUGGUUUUCAUGAUGCGAUUAUUCAGCGCAUCAGAAUUUCCCCAGAUCAGAGGUAUAUGGCUACCAGCAUAAAAAGCUCAAAUUCUGAAGAGUCAAGCUGUAUUGUUACGAAAUUUGAGAAGUUACCUAUGGUGGAAUAUAUUAUCCCAAAUGUGUUUAGUUUUGAAUGGGCUACAAAUGAUGUUCUGUUCUACACCAGUCAAAAGAACCUUGUAUGCCAUAAGGUGCUUCUGGCCACUUUCACUAACAGAAAACAUGCUGAGCUAGUUUAUGUGGAACAAGAUCCAAGAUUUUUUGUGGAUAUAUAUUGCACAAAAGACAAGCGUUUUCUCACCAUCAACAGUAACAGCAAGACUAGCUCCGAAGUUUGGUUGGUUGACUGUAGCAAUCCUUUUAAUUCACCUAUUCUCGUACAACAGAGAACUAAAGGGGUCAUUUAUCAUGUUGAGCACAGAAAUGAUGAAUUAUACAUUCUUACUACUUAUGGAGAGCCUGCGGAAUACAAGUUGAUGAAGACUCCAGUUGGUUCCUGUGGUAUGGAGAACUGGCAAUUGGUUUACACAUUGAAAGAAAAGACUAAGCUAAUAGACUUAGAGAUGUUCAGAGAUCACUGUGUGAUGUUUUUGAAACACUACGGUCAUCUUUAUUUAAAUGUGAUUUCUCUUGUUUCUCAUUCAGUUCAGCCUAUUAAGUUACCUGCAUGGGCCUGUGCAUUUGAGUCAGAACCCCAUCCUGAGUACAAUGCCAGCACUUGCUAUUUUCAGCUCUCCUCCCCAGUACAACCCCCUAAACGUUUUGCAUAUAAAUUAGUGGAAAAUCAUCUCGUUGAGCAGGAGGCACCAAUUACAAUUAAUUGCCAUACUGUACGGCUAGAAGCUAAGAGCCAGGAUGAAAUUUUGGUGCCAAUUACAGUUUUUUAUAAUACAAAUUCUAAAGAGCUACACAGGAAACCACUUCUGGUUCAUGUAUAUGGAGCUUACGGCAUAGAUUUGAACAUGAGCUUUAAAGCUGAGAAGCUGAUGCUAAUUGAAGAUGGUUGGAUAUUAGCAUAUUGCCAUGUUAGGGGUGGCGGAGAGUUAGGCCUGAGUUGGCAUAAAGAUGGAUGUAUGCAUAAUAAACUCAAAGGUCUCCACGACCUUAAGGCUUGUAUAAUGCUCUUGCAUGAACUAGGAUUUUCUCAGCCAAAGUAUACAGCGCUAACAGGUAGCAGUGCAGGAGGAGUUCUUGCAGGAGCUCUGUGCAAUGCUGAUCCUGACCUCAUCAGAGCUGUAGUUUUACAGGCCCCUUUCAUAGAUGUUCUAAAUACAAUGUUGGACACUGAUCUCCCACUGACAAUUGAAGAACAGGAAGAAUGGGGAAAUCCAUUAGCAGAUGAAAAGUACAUGGAAUAUAUUAAAAGUUACUGCCCUUAUCAUAAUAUUAAGCCACAGGCUUAUCCUUCAGUUUUAAUCACAGCAUAUGAAAAUGAUCAACGAAUACCACUGAUAGGAUUAUUAAGAUACGUUCAUAAACUUAGAAAAGCAGAAAUGGAUCAUGCUAGAAGCAUGAAUAAGAAAGGAAACCUGAUACCUAAUAUCAUCUUAAAUGUUCAGGCAGGAGGCAGUCAUUGUGCUCCAUUGUGGGAGGACUCAUUAGAUGAGGUUACAAGCCACCUUGCUUUUCUCUACAAAGAAUUUGGACUUGAGAGAGAAUAACUUGAAGAAGUGGUUUAUUUAACAUGCACAGUUAUUUCAGAAUUUGUUGAAAGAUUUAAAAACUGUGUAUAUACACAUUAGACUUCUGAAAAAGCCAUAUCACAUACCUGUAAAUUUAAAAAAUGAGCACUCAUUCUCCAAAGGAACCAGCUGUAAUAGAUCCCUAGAUAUGGGUCCCUGCUUCCGGUGCAUAACCAGACCAGGAGCUCAUAAAGGCAGAGUUGUGAGAGCUACUGGCUUACAUAUAUAUACCAGGUGGUAAAUUCCUUCCCUGCUGCAUUGGAGGAGCAGCGUCUCCAGCCACCAGUUCCUUGUGCAAACAAAAAAUAUGAAGGAAUACGAACAUCCAUCCCAAAUAUACAGCGGAGGGUGGAUCCCUUACAAAUUCAAUCUUCAUAGAAGAAUUAUGACUAAGGCUAAGAUUUUAUCAUGGUUAUUUUUAGUAAAAGUCACCGACAGGUCAUGGACAAUAAACAAAAAUUCACGGAGCCCGUGACCUGUCCGUGACUUUUACUACUAAUAAUUGGGGGGGGGGGUUAGAUGGGGGGAAUGACUGACAGGCCAAGCCCCCGUUCCAGAGCUGGCUGCAGCUGUGGGACAGGGAAGCAGGGCCCCAGCUGCAUCCCCUGCCAAACCCUGGCAGCAGCUGGGGAGGGGGAUGCAGCCCCUGGCAAAAGCCAUGGGGCUUCGGUGCACAACCCCAACCCCUGCCAAGCCUGGGACUGGGGCUGUAGGGUCCUGGUUCCAGCCAGCCUCAGUUGCAGGGCAGGAGUGCACAGUCCUGCCUCCUCAUCCUGAAGCCCUAGAAGUCUCGGAGGCCUGGUAAAAUCACAGAAUCCAUGACUGCCAUGACCUUUGUGACUAAAUCGUAGCUUUAAUUAUGACAUGUUCGGUAAGUAAAUUUCUCUUCCAGCUGAUACUAAACACUUGUUUGUUACAUAUUUACCUUGAUCAUCUCUCAAUUUUCUCUUUCCUCUAAAUGUGUUGUUUUAAAACUGACCUGAUGACUUAUUUGCUUCUAACUAUUUCAGACAAUUCAGUGCCCAUUACACAAAUAGGAAACUUGCAGAACAAGUACUAUGGAGUGAAAACUGCCAAAGGAUUUGCGGCUAAGUUGUGGCAGUCAGAUACAGCCCACAAUACGGGUACACAGUGCACAGGUACAACACUCAAGCAGGAAAUCCUAAGAGCUUUAUACCUUAGGCACAAUGCCUCUAGGAGCUCUAUAGGCAUAUGGUUAGUGUUCUACCCUUGCACAAAUACUUAUCUGCACCAGCCCCAGGGAGGCUUUACAGGGGAGGCUCCUUACCCUUCCUGGUGCCUGUUCAAAUCCCUCUGGAAGCUCCUAGCCUCUGUGGUUGUUGGUUAAUUGGUUGCCCUUAAGGUAAGCACCUUCUGCCCAUUGCUCACACACCAAUAAAAGAGGCCAGACAAUUAAGCCACAUUAGUUUGUUUAUGGACUGCUGUUCAUUUAAUAAACAAACCAGCAAGUUUAAAAAGCCAUUGCCACACUAUUCACAGUAUUUACCUGAAAUCAAUACUUUCUGCCUUAAAUGCAUAAAACAAAAUUUCCUACAUGCCCUAGCGCUUAGCAAUGCAUGUGGAGUAUAUUCAAGGCACUAGAAUAACAUGCUUUUUCAGCCACAAAACACUUCCCUUGGAAAGCUUCCGUAGUAUGAACUGUCUCCCUUGUUUUAUACUCAAGGACAAUUCCUUCCCCUUUUUCAGUUUUAAUUGUUUUGGUAUUUACAACUUUACCGGUGUUACUAAAAUUAGUGCUUAGCCUUAUGGUAGCUUCAGAUGGAAGCUCAGAAACUACAGCUUUCAGGUCUGUGAUUGAUUCCUGUCCAAAAUUGAGAACCAUUAUAAAGACUGUGUCUAAUCCAUCUAAUUCCCUCAGAUACACAAAAACAUUGCUGUCAUUCCAAAUGUAGCACAUCCAUCCCCUAUGAAUGGGCAGCUCAUUGUUGCGAAGUAAAUUUAGCUCUCGAUAUAGAUUCAGUGUUGAGUUAGGUUGAGUCUUUUGAACCUGUUUAAAGAAAAAAAUGUCCCAUCAUUACCGUAGUCAUUUAUUCCUCAUUAAAUAUUAGAAAUGUUACUUUGAAGUACAGAAGUGAUUACCACAUCUGCUAAGAUUAUCUUCCCACCUUUCUGACUCUACGCCCCCACUGCAAAUCCUUCCACAGAUUCAAGUUGAAGCUAUUUGUCCUCAGCCUCUGGGGACCUUCACAACUCUGCCUCUCCAUAUACUUAUCUGCCCUAUCUCUCCCCAUAUUGUCCACCUUUGCCACUCCACCAGUGAUGAUAGCCUUGUCUCCUCCUACAACUGUCUUUGCUCCUUCCAAUGCACUUCAUACACUUUUUGUCAACAAAGCAUUCCAUACCAAGGAAUCAGAGCAUUCAGCAUCAAGGACUGGAUCUUGCUCCCACUGACUUCACUGCUGCAGAAGCAACCCCCAAUGGAUUAGUUUCAAGUGUUUUUUCUUUGCUGUUGUUCACUGUUGUAGAUCAACAAUACCUGUACUUGACCUACCUGGUGUAAUGGCAACUGCCAAGUUUGGUCUUAGACGGAUCAACAUAUGCAAACCUAGAAAUGCAUCCAUCUUAUUUCCCUGCUAAAUUUAACAAAGCCUACUUGUAUUAAUCUAAAUUAAAAUGGUGGUGGGAGGAUUUCAGAUUAAUGUUGAAAGAUUAAAUGAAUUAGACUAAAAAAAAUCA